AUGGGUAUUUCGCACAUGACACGGCAUCUUUCCUCGCUCUCAGAGUCGAUUCUCCUGGGAAAAAGCCAUAUCCAGUCAGCCCAGGCAGUACGAUCUGCGGUAAUCGAUGGACCAGGCCUCGUGUACCAUGUGUACUCAAUCCUGCUGGCACAGGCCAGCACGCACAUCAGCCAGAUCGAACGGCAACCAAGCUGUGACGAAGUCAGCGUGGCCGUGAUGACUUAUCUCGUGCUAUUGCAGAUAUCCGGUGUGAAUAUUAACAUGACUAGCUCCAAGAUCUAUUUCGACGGUGCCCUUCCUCUGCAUAAACGGGAGACCAGGCUAUCGAGAUUGGAAAUCUCCAGGAAACAGCUGGAGACAUUCUGUUUAACCCAGCGGGAUGGUUUCAGAUUGUCGUCCAUUGAACGUCGGCCAGAAACAAUGCAUCCUAGAAGACUCUUGGGCAGUCAUAACUCUGCUGUGAAGCGUGCCAAACUGCCGGGGAACCCGUUCAUGGUGUCCGCUGUGACUGAAGAUCUGAAGUCAAGAUGGACAGCGGCAGAAAUCAAGUCAACUCUACCGAGAAGACUGGCAAGCUUAUACGAGAGGAAUGUCGAUGAUCGCCUCUCAGAUCUUACCGAGAUCGUCCCGGGAGAAGCUGAUAUGUUUUGCGCUUCCUUGGCGGCUCAGAAACCCGGCACGGCCAUACUCACGAGUGACUCUGAUCUGCUUGUUUUUGAGCUCGGCCCUGAUAGCUCUGUUAUUCUUUUUGAUACCAUCUAUUCCGAGAAUUGGGACGACGAAGACCCGACACAGUCUAUGAUCAAAGCCAUGCGGUUUUGCCCAGCCUCAAUCUCAGAUCGACUGGGCAUACCUGCUCUAUCCUACCUCGCUCAUGAGAUGGAACUCAGUCCUCGCUCAACCCUCGUCGAGCUCGUGCGCCGUGCAAAGGACGCCUCUCAGUCAAAUCAAAAGACGCCGGCGUAUAUCUCGUUCCUGAAAGAAUACGACCUAACAAACUUCCAAUACAACCCGUCAAAGAGCCGCCUACUACAGAAUUAUGACACACGAAUCUCCGAGUUGUUAGCGCAAUGCUUCUGGAGCGACGAAUUCCAGGACCAAACAGGCACCCCUCGGAUUUAUCUUCCGUUUCUGGUGGAAGAUCAUUCUCGAAGAUGCGCUUGGACUGAUGGCGCUCGGAUCAGGAGACUUGCUUAUUCUCUGAUUAACAUGAACAGUUUUCUCACAGAGAAGUAUCCGACUAUUAAUGAGUGCGUGCGACGAGGGAGGAGAUUCUGCUUUGACGACGUGGCUUGUUACAGUGAGCAAGAAGAAAUUGAAGCAGAAGCGACCCGUCUUAUAGACGGACUCGAAUUCGUGCAGAACGUGGAAAACUCGCCGCUUCUUUUUUGGCGAUUGUUUGCAUUAUAUGAGGUCCGCACGGAUUGGUUUAUGAGCCAAAAGACCCAAAACAUCCCUCCUCAGGAUUACCGCGAUGGGCUGAAGGCAUUCCUUGGCAUUGACAGCAGCAGCCGUAAUAAGAUUGGCGUUAUUGACUGGGACAAUGUGCACGCCCUCGCCCAGUUACAGGCAGUUUUGUAUUCGCUGCGUAUGGUUUUCCAGGUUACUCGGGAUUUGGAGCUUGGGGAUGGACCGGUCAAGAAACUUCGAGGUCUUUUGGCAGGGCUUCCUCCUCUUCAUGUUCUGACGAGGUCGUUUCAUGAAGUGAGGCGGGAAUUUCAUGGUGAUUUCUCAUCGGAAUCGGCAGCUUAA